CCGUUAUUGACCUGGGACCUGGAGUAAAGAUCAAUCAAUUUACCAACUCGAGGGCUUCGGCUUCGGAUCUCUUUCAUGUGCUAUUAGAUUAGAGUUCUCUUCAUUUCCAAAUACCUUUCACCUUUGUUUCUGGUUCAUAGACCUCCAUAGAUCGCAGUGCAGUCAUGGAUACCUUAUUGACUGCAGAGAUAUACGCCAACUCACCCCGCUUUCGGCGGCGGUCGAGUACGUUCGUGGAUGCUAUUCACGAUCUUCCAGCAAAGGAGGAAAUGGCACCUGCCCAAUUGUACAGCACUGAAUCUGGCCGACUCUUCCAUUCGGGACGGAUUGUAAUUGCGACUGUUGGCCUCCCAGCACGAGGCAAAACCCACACUUCCGUUGCUGUAGCGCGCUACCUUCGGUGGUUGGGUGUAAAAACCCACGUUUUCCACCUUGGUGACUACCGGCGAGCCACUCUAGGCCCUGGAAAGGAUGUUCCUGAUGACUACUUCUUCAUGAAUGCAUCUCCACAGUCAGUGUUGCUUCGCAACAAAAUUUUGAAGAAAUGUCGUGAGGAUAUCUAUCACUUCUUGGAACACGAGAAGGGACAGGUUGCCAUAUACGACGCGGUCAACGCCAUCUCUGCAGGGCGCAAGUCCCUUGCGAAGGAGUUUGCCAAGAAUGGCAUCCAGACGAUUUUUAUCGAGUCCCAUUGCACUGACGAGCGCAUCAUCCAGGAAAAUGUCCGGCGCGUAAAGAUCUCAUCGCCGGAUUAUCAAGACUGGAAGGACGAAGAUGCUGUGCAGGACUACUUGGCUCGGAUCAACUCACGAAUUCCCCAUUUUGAGACUAUGGAAGAGCAAGACUUGCAUUGGAUCAAGAUGAUCAACGCCGGUGAGCGAGUAGUGGUGAACAACUGUGCAUUUGGAUACCUUUCGCAGCGAAUUGUCUUCUAUCUACUCAACUUGCACAUCAAAUCGCGACAAACGUACUUUGCAAGAGCUGGAACUGCACGAGAAGAAGAUUCUUACAAGGCUGAUGCCUCACUAUCCCAAGAAGGGCAUGAUUACGCGAAGAAGAUGAGCGAAGUUUUGUUGCAGUACCGCGAGGAAGAAAGGCAAAAGCUUGUAGAGCAGGGCGCCCCUGAUGCUGCUCUUAAACCGCUAACGAUCUGGACUUCCACCCGCCGGCGUACUGUGCAAACCGCAGAUCAACUCGCAUCCCGUGGCUACCGCGUGCGCCAGCGAUCGCAAAUGAGUCAGAUGAACCCUGGCGUAUGUGAGAAAAUGUCUGAGCGAAGGAUUCGAGAGGAAUUUCCCGACGAGGUCGCAAAACAUGAAGCCGAUCCCUACCAUCAUCGAUAUCCUAGAGCUGAAUCUUAUCACGAUUUAGCUGUUCGAAUGGAGCCGAUCAUCCUUGAGCUCGAGCGUGAGGAGAAUGAUUUGCUCAUCAUCGCUCACGAGUCCGUACUGCGUGUUCUUUACGGUUAUCUCAUGGCAUGCAAUGCCGCGGAUAUACCCAAACUCGACUUUCCACGUGAUGAAAUUAUUGAAAUUAUUCCAUCGAGCUACAACAAUGUUGCCAAGCGUAUCAAGAUUCCAGGCCUUCCGCAACGAAUGGUACCGGCUAGCCCAGAAGAUAUCCAGAUUCCCGUUCCACCAAGUGGCACUGUCAGCCCGUUCCCUGGUUUGGGCACACCUCAAGCCACAUCGGGCACAGCUACUCCGCAGCAACGAGGUCCUCAGCCCUUACAAUUACGUGACACCCACAUCAAUCCCGCCGAUUAGAAAAGGAUCUGGUUUGAUGGGAGCUAUACACAUUCUUAGAUGAGUUCAUAUAACGUUCUAUGAUUUUCUAUAUACAUCUACUCUUGGGCACUCUUUUCAACUUGGCAGUUUUCUUGAUUCAUUUGUAGCGUGCAGCGACAUUGGGCGUAGGUUGGA